AUGAAAACCUUGAAGAGAGAAAUAAGGCGAAAGCUCGAGACGCAAGCAAAUACCGUAGCCAAUUUACCUAUCAAGGUAUUUCAGAGGUGGAAAAAUAAAGCUGGACGUUUUAGAGAAAUGCAGAGACAACAAACUAAGCGGAGAGGGCAGAGGAAACAAAAAAUGAGAGAAUCCAAAACCACGAAAGAUCUAGAUAAUGGUAACCCUAGUAUCCGAAAGGUAAAACAAAUCCUGAGUCCAGCGGACAAAAAGGCUGCAGAAAUACGAGCAGCAAAUACAGCUGCUUUAGGCCAACUAUCAACGACUCCCAAAUUUAUGCAAAAGUUGAAAGAUCGUGCUGUCCUUCCUUCCACUGUGAACAAAACCCCUUCUCACAAAAAUGCAAAGUAG